GUGCGCUGCAUCCCUCGGACACAGCGGAUCACCGAUCCACGGAAAGAGCUGAAGAUGUCAGCUCGGUCAUGUGAUCAGCUGUGUCCAAUCACUGCUGAUCACAUUGCCACCUGUCAGUGUCCACAAGAGCCACCUGCCAGUGCUCAUCAAUGCCACCUGCCAGUGCCCAUCAGUGCCACAUCAAUGCCACAUAUCAGUGCCUACCAGUGCACAUCAAUGCCACCUAUCAGUGCCCAUCUGAGCUGCCUUUCAGUGUCACCCAUCAGUGCCAGUCAGUGCCACCUAUCAAUGCCAAUCAGUGGCACCUAUCAGUGCUGCCAAUCAGUGCCAUCUAUCAGUGCCCUUCAGUGCUGUCUAUCAGUGCCGCCUAACAGUGCCACCUAUCAGUGCCAGUCAGUGCCACCUAUCAGUGCCAGUCAGUGCCACCUAUCAGUGCCAUAUAUCAAUUCUGCCUUUCAGUGCCAGUCAGUGAUGCCUGUCAAUGCCCAUCAGUGCCACCUACCUGUGCCUCCUCAUCAAUGUCCAUCAGUGCCACCUAUCAGUGUCCAUCAGUGCAGCCUAUCAGUGCCCAUCACUGCAGCCUCAUUAGCGCACAUCAGUGAAGGAGAAAAAUCACUUAUUUACAAAAUU